GAGGAGGCGUCAACUGGGGUGUCCUUAAGAUGAGCUGAGGCAGUCACUCUGUCCAUUAUCAGUGUGGGAAUAUUGGAAUGCGUCAACAGUUGGGGGAGAUUGUUAUAAAAAUAUCUACAGACUUUGAAAAGCUUUGAAAAAACAGAUGUGAGAGGUAGGCAGUUGUCAGAAGUGACGAGCUGUGGGAUGCAAGUCAGAGACUCGGCUGCAGGGUUUAGGCUGAAGGACUCGCAGAGACUCGGCUUCAGGAUUCAGAUUGAAGGACUAGUUUCCUCCUCAUCAUCAGUGCUGCAGUCCCAGUUCUUACCAUGUUCUCCUGACUGGACGGAUCUGCUGUGAUGUAGCAGCGGUAUGCUGCAGCGGUCCGACCGACACAUCUUGCUUCGCUUCGCGGAACCGGGGGAGAUAACCCGGCACGGUUCGGCAUGACAGUCCAUCUGUAAAGUCCUCUGGCAGGGUGUGACCAGAACCAAGAGCUCUUGAGUCUGGUCUGCCAUGAAGAGCCAGAAGAGCCGAGGAGUUCCACCAGCUUCCCCCUCUGGCAGACGGAAACAUCGGUUUUACCUUCGAGGCAGGAAAAAGAAGGACCGGGUUAUCCAAGGCAAGCUUCGCAUCCGCUCCUUGCCUGGAGCCUUCUUUGUGCUGGGGGUUGUUGUGGUGGUUGUCGGCACUGCCAUGGCUGUGGCUGGGUACUGGCCCUACAGGUUAUCAAGAUCAUCCUUCCUGGGAGCUGCAGAAGGAGAAAACGUUCCCAAUUCGCAGAAUCCUGGUUGGAAUUUCGGUGCUAAGGGACUUCUGCCUCCAGCCAGCUUCCUUCAUGGUGAGCGGAUGAAGCUGCUUGGGCCGGUCAUCAUGGGCGUGGGACUCUUCAUCCUCAUCUGUGCCAACACGGUCCUCUAUGAAAACCGGGACAGAGAGACUCAGAUGCUGCUGGCUCAGAUGCGAAACGUGAUCUGCUCUGUGUCUGCAGCCGUGCCCUCAGCCGGCCUGAAAGACAUGGCAGAGACCAACUCCAUGAUCAAACACUACCACUGGGUCAGCAGUAUACCUGCAGCUCACCUCAACAUCCUCUGUCUGCAGCAGCUGACCAGCUCCGAGCCUCUGCUGCAGACCAGACGCUGCACAGACCAGGACAGCAUCUACCAGCAAGCUGUCCUCCAGACAGACGCCGUCCACCUCCAUGAGUCGAACCUGCCAACUUUAUCCUCCUCCUCCUAUAAUAAUGAGUGUAAUCAAGAGCCGAGCAGAUCCAGCUCCGUUCCUCAAGCUGCUCCACUACUUAAGCUGAUGUCUGCCAGCUCCAUGUCCACACUGGCGGGGGAUGAAGUCCACGUUCCAGCUCCCCGGCCACGCCGCUGCCACAGCAUGAUUUACAGAACUAGCCCUUACAUUUCUAAAACUGCAGUGGGUCUGAUGGACGGGCUCUUCACGUCCAGAAAGGAGGGUGAGAUGGACCAGCCGGAGAUCAACAGGACAACCGGGAUUCAGGUUUGUGUGAACAUUCCUGGUCCGGUUGCUGAAAACAUGGAGGACCAAACCCACCGAAGCUGGCCCCAGCUGGAUGUGGGCAGUGGGAGGCGAUACCUAAAACUAGAGAACAAAGAGGACUCAGUGGACAGGCUGCUGGACCAGCUGGAGCAGCAGUCUGCUUCCUGGGAUAAGACUUUUGGCUCCGGACCUUUCCAGUGAUGGCUGCCGGUGAAGCUGCUGCUUCGGAGCGAAGGAAGUGGACAUGUUGUGCAGUUUGUGUUGGCAGCAGUGCAGGAAAUCCUGCCAAAUUGUUGCAGAACCUAGUGAAGGAGCGGCAGACAGCUCGCAGAGGACGGCGUUUUUUCACUGUGUAAUCCACUGAACCAAAUUACUCCUGGACUCUGAGCCCAGAAAGUGCUGACAGCUCUUAACAAAUGCAACUAAUAGAUAAAAUGGGACAUUUUUAUCAAGGUCCCUGACUCCAAAUGCAAUGCAUGGCAAUA